UCACCGCUUUAUUUCAUGCCUCCUCUGUGCAGAUGCUCACAAGCCUGCACGUUUAAAUUCCUACAAGGUGAAGAUCUCAAGUUUAUAACCUGAUCCAGAUGUGGCUCAUGAUGUUUUAUGUCAUCAGACCUUUUAUUGUAUUGUAACACAAAGCUCUGGAGAAAACCAAGGUCGCUGCACUGUUGCUCUGCUCUGUUGUGAAACGUGAAAUACUUUGCAUUCUUGUCCACAUUGUCUAGAGAGCCGCCCAGGUCACUAAAGAUAACAACCCAAAGCCUGUAGGAUGUGGGCCACAUCUUUGUCCUUUCAGCCCAGUACCUGGUUUGCAUUUCUUCAUUGAUUGUGUUCAUCGUGGCCCCCUGUUAUGCAUUAAUGUGUGCUUGUCCUUGCAUGCAAACGCUGUUGUGAUCCCAUCUCUUUCUUUCAGUGACUGGAUGUGGCAUGAAGCAGUCUAACAACCCACGGACAGGAGCGCGUGGAGCGCUGGACACCUGAGAUGGAGCACAUCUGGAGUUAAGGCGGCCAGCUGCUUCCUCAGGAAGCCCAACCCCCCCGUCCUCCCGCGGCCUCGAAUAGUGCUAGAUGAAGGUUGUUAUAGGGAUCUCUCCAAAAUGCACCGUGGUGACACUGCGUGGAUUCCAUAUUCAGAGUCCAGUGGCUGAGCGUGGAAUCUCUACUGCGACAGCUCUCCUGUGGGUGCCGAGCCAAGAAGCAGACCUUUUGUUCCAUCAUGAGCGCAGAGACUCAUCCAGACAUCACAUCCCCUGACGGAGACGGGAUGGGCGUGUGCGCCGAGCCGAUGGCGACCGACGUGAAGUCCCAGGAGGAGGACGACGAGCGGGAGGAGAACUCAUUCGGCGUGAUAAAGACUGAGUCAGAGGAGAUGGAAGAUAACGAGCCGUAUCUCAAGGCCGAAACAGAGAGGUCUCUGGGGCCAAAGGAGGAAAGCGAGGACGGCAUGGAGGAAGGCGUGGAUGAGGAGAGGACCGAGGAGGACGAGGACGAGGAGCGGGACGGCGAGGCCGAGGACGAGGCGGACGCCCUCAACGAGCCCCAGGACCUGUCGCUGGUGGACUACUCGCGCUACGACGGCGCGGCGCCGCCGGAGGCCCGCGCCGGCGCCGCGGGCGCGGAGGCGGCGGAGGACACCUACAUGCCUGGAGCCGUGGCGCCGCGCAUCCAGGCCUCAGGCAAGCUCAGCUGCGACAUCUGUGGCCUGUCCUGCGUCAGCAUCAAUGUGCUGCUGGUGCACAAGCGCAGCCACACGGGCGAGAGGCCAUUCCACUGCACCCAGUGCGGGGCCUCCUUCACCCAGAAGGGAAACCUGCUUCGCCACAUCAAACUGCACUCCGGGGAGAAGCCUUUCAAGUGCCCCAUGUGCAGCUACGCCUGCCGCCGGCGCGACGCUCUGAGCGGGCACCUGCGCACCCAUUCUGUAGAGAAGCCCUUCAAGUGCAACCACUGCAGUCGCAGCUACAAGCAGAGGAGCUCUCUGGAGGAGCACAGAGAGAGGUGCCAUGUGUACAUCCAGAGCAAAGGGCCCGUGGAGAGAGCAGACGACGGCCACGCGACCAGGACUCCCAUGGGCACCGAGCGGGCGCUGCUGCUGGACAGGCUGGCCAGCAACGUGGCCAAGCGGAAGAGCUCAAUGCCCCAGAAGUUCACCGGCGACAACGGUGUCUGCCUGGACCUGAGCUUUAACCGGGACCUGGUUCCCAGAGCAGAUGUCAAGGACCCUGCAUCAGACUCUCCGGGGUCCGAUAACCAUCAUCAGCCACAAGCAGUCCUCACAGGCCCAGACAGCGAGGCAGCUCCCUCCCACAGGCCCUACCCCAUCCCAUUAAACCGCAAUGACAUCAGCCCCAUGGGCCUCACAAACGGCCACAAGAUGGGCAUGCCCCUCCUGGGCCUCCAUCACGCCUCCCAGCCACCGCUCAGCAUGGACUCCUUCCACACUGACGGCUCCCAGUUGUCCCAGCCUGUGAUGUACAGUUUAGGGCAUCUGCUGGAGGGGCUGAACUACCAGAACGGCGUUCCCCACCCACACAAUCAGCACCUGCCGCUGUCCCCGCUGGAGGCGCUGCGAGCGGCGCGGGCCGACGGGGAGGCGGGGGUGCCGCCCGGCGCCGUCUACCCCUGCGGCCACUGCAAGGUGAUCUUCCUGGACUAUGUCAUGUUCACCAUCCACAUGGGCUGCCACGGCUUCCGCGACCCGCUCGAGUGCAACGUGUGCGGCCACCGCAGCCGGGACCGUUACGAGUUCUCUUCCCACAUAGCCCGCGGUGAACACCGCCUAGAACUGAAGUAGCGCCGGCUCACACUCACAUCCACUCGCACACAUCUGCCUAGACAGAUAACGUGGUCUAUGCACACACUGAUUUACUCAUAUUAGUAGCUGGUAGUACCAAAAAUGAAAGCAUGAGGUAGCAUGUGUGUGUGUGUGUGUGUGUGUGUGUGUGUGUGUGUGUGUGUGUGUGUGUGUGUGUGUGUGUGUGUGUGUGUGUGUGUGUGUGUGUGUGUGUUACGAGCAUUCUUAGUCACGCUGAGCCCUUUCUGAAAAAAUGUAGAGGUUUUUUAGUUCUUUUUAAACAUGUGGUUUGGUUUUACUUAAGGCUGUUUCAUUUAGUUGUGCUAUUUAGCAAUAUGUCAAGUAUCCAUUUAAGUGUUAGAAGAGUAGCCAAUGCUGGAGUAUUAGUUUAUAGCUUCUGCUGUUGUGGGGGUUUUUUCUUGUUACCUGUGUAAAAAUAAAAGAACGUGUUUUUUUUUA